UCAAAGUUGUUUCAUUUGAUUAUUCUUAAUCAAAGUUGUUGUUCUGAGUCCCUGCUGCCGGGGGCUCGAACGUGGUAGUUAAAAUUGUACCAUUCAUUUUUGUGGCGUUGGUGGUAAAUAAAUUAGAAGUUAGGAGAUUUCGACAUUAAGGGGAAGGUACGGAGGAGGCUCUCAAUCCACCAACCGACACUACAGGGUCUCUUUUAUGUUUUUUCUUAGCUGUGUAUCUUUUCUUUCUCAGCUCACCUUUUUCUCUUUCAGAUCACUCAAGAUUUUCAUCCUUAAUUUCAGCUGGACGAUUAAAUUCGAGCAUCGUGUUCCUCAUAAUGCAACUGCGCUCUAAUUUGCUGACAGGUUUCUUUAUUCAAGGAUUGUGCAUAUGGAUCAUGAGACAGGCGAAUCGUUGGAUUCUGUGCCUUCAGAUAAUGUGAGUUGUGAGCAUGGUGAUUUUGAAUGCAAUAUCUGCUUUGAAAUAGCUCAAGAUCCUAUUGUGACUCUUUGUGGCCACCUUUAUUGUUGGCCUUGUCUUUGUGAAUGGUUGCAAGUUCAUUCACAUUCCCACGAAUGUCCAGUUUGUAAGGCUCUCAUUGAGGACCAGAAGUUAGUUCCUAUAUAUGGUCGAGGCAAGACAACCUCUGACCCAAGGUCUCACAUACGUCCAAGGAUGAACAUUCCUAACCGUCCAGUAUUUGGACCAAGACCACAAACAGCUCCAACACUAGAUAUGAACUAUUUCCGACCCGAUGAGUUGGAUCAAAUGGGGGGAUUUAUGCCUAUGGCCAGUGCAAGGUUUGGAAACUUGACAUUAUCUACUCUUUUCGGAGCUAUUCCAUCUUUUUUUAAUCUUCAUGUGCAAGGAUUUCAUGAUGCUACUGUAUAUGGUGCAACAACAGGAGUUCCAUACCUCUUCUCUAGUUCACUUCAUGGGGGUUAUGCUCAUGGAUUUCAUCAUUCAAUCCAUGUAGAUGGUACUAAGUUUUUUAUCAAGAUGUUUCUCUUGAUUAUCGGUUUCCUCUUAGUUGUUUCCUUAAUUUUGUAGAGAAUGUCAUAAAUUAAUUAAGAUGUAGCAUUGUUAAUCAUGUGUAUAUAUGUUUAGAGUAGUAGACUUAUAUUUAUGUUUAGCAAAGCAGGGUGCUCAGUUAUCCUUCAUUAUAUUCAGAGUUAGCCUUA